UGAAGCAAGCAAGACGUGAAAUGAGCAUGACAUGGGCUAUUAUUUCUCCGAACAUUGAUACAUCUGUUUAGAACGAAGUAGACAUCCUUUUGUAAAGUUCCUGUUACUGGCUAACGUUGUUCAUGUAAGAAAACAAAACAAGAUCAGGACAGAAAGUUAGAGACCAUGGAUGCUGAGAAAGUGACUGAGGUGGAGAUGAAAGCGCUCACUCCAGAAGAAGUACAAGAUGAUAAGGAUGCAGAGAAAAGCAAACUGGAAGGAACAAAAGAAGCUGAGAACAAAUCUGCAGAAGCAAAAGCAAAUGAAGAAAAACAAGAAGCUCAUGUGUACAGCACAUUGAAGAGUCCAAAUGAAAAUAUUUACACUUUUUCAACACCUAUUUCCACUCCAAAACGGGAUGAAGUCUGUCAAGAAAAAGAACAAGCACAACAAGCAGAAGAAGCAGAAGCUAAUUUGUACUGCAAACUGGGGACUCCAUCAGAAAAUGUGUAUAUGGGUGUGACGACCAAGUGGACUCCAGAACACAAUAAAGAUGUUUAUGCGAAAGUUCACCUGUACAAGAGGAUUUCUGCUGUUUUCUUCAUUCUCUUUUUGCUCUUGCUGGCUGUGACUCUUGCUCUGACCAUAAAGUUAUAUGAAGUUCAGUCCAGCCAGAAGUGUCCACAUCCCUCUCUUAAAGUGGAGAAUAAUUCCUCCUUAAUACAAGUUGUGCAUAGGUGCACUGAGUGUGAGAAGGGCUGGGUGAGUUUUAAGGACACCUGCUACUUCAUAUCUAAGGAUCGUCUAAGUUGGCAAGAGAGCAGGGAGAAGUGUCAGAAACAGGGUGGAGACCUGGUUGUCAUCGACAAUGAACCUCUGCAGAAUUAUCUAACUAAAAAAGUUGCCAUGCUGUACUGGAUUGGGCUCCGUUAUUCAGAAGAUCAACAAUGGAGGUGGAUUAACAAUAGCACACUAACCCAGAGCUAUUGGGCCAAUGAUAAGUCACAGCCAGACACUCAAGGCUUCUGUGCACUGCUAAAGGGACGCAGUCCACUCCUGAACAGCUGGUACACAAACAGCUGUGAGGUGUACUCACAUUACAUCUGCCAGAGGCAUUAAAUAUGGAGAAUGAUCAACCAUAACCAUCACAUACAUCUGCUAUAUUUGCCUUUAAUAUCAUUUCACUCUUUUCAUUUCCUUUUACAAAUGCAGUUCAUAGCAACAAAUACAGACUCAGUACGUGAAACAAUCCCAUUCUGUGAUGCACAAUCAAGUAGACACGCUGUGUAUUUUUCAUGAUUGAGAAAAUGAGACAUGGUAAAUGCAUUCAUUGAAAGUGACUCUGUGCUUAUCUUAAUCAUAAUUUGUAAAUGCUUUUAAUUGCACUACCAGAAAGCUACUUUGCACUUUGAUUCCUAUAAAACCUUAUUUGCACUAAAACGUUUGAAGAGUGUAUUAUAAAACUAGAUAUAUAUGGAUGUAGCUGCCUUUAAAAUAAGUAGUAAGAAGUCAUUGUCUUGAAAGUAAUUCAAUUAAAAAAAACAACUACUGUUUCAUUUUCACUUUGUGAUGCACCCUUUCUAGCCCACACACUUUCUGUGAUGUGAUUUUUCACCAUAAAGUUGUAUUCACUCAAUAAAAUAAUGAAACGCU